UUUUGAAAUGCUGAGUUUAUUCUCAGUGGUGAGAAGACUGUUCCUGAGAAGAUUCCACGGGUAAGAGCUGAUUUUCCCGUGUCCACAAAACGACCCUUUCAAAAAGACUGUGAAGAUGAGCGCUGCAGUUGUGGUUGGGAUUUCCUGCCCUGGGAGCAGAUGGCUUUUUCCCUUUGGGAUUUAGGAACAGCAUAGCUGGAGCGAUCGGGAAUACUUACUUCAUUGUAACCUCGAAAGUUUGUUGUUUAAUGUUUGGAACUGUCCACAACUUAUUAAAAUACAUACUCAGAAGUGUCCAGGUUUUGAUGAGUUGUUCCUGUUUGGACAUCUAGAGACUGAUUCAAGGCUUAGGCAAUGACUCCAUCAUAAUGUUCAUUAUUUGGUCAACUGUGACUUCUCACUGACCUUUGCCCAUUUGCCCCUGACCAGUGUGGACACCGUUGGUCAGAGGGAAGAACAAAAUGGCUGAGGCAAGGCCAGCUGUGGCAGAUGGCAAUCAGAAGCUAUUUCCCUGUGAAGUCUGUGGGAGAUGCUUCGCAGCAGAUGUUCUGGAAAGACAUGGACCAAUAUGUAAGAAACUUUUCAACAAAAAACGCAAACCCUUCGAUUCCUUGAAGCAAAGAUUACAGGGAACUGACAUUCCCACCGUAAGUCAGCCGCCUCAGCCCAAGGGUCAGCCCAUGAGGAAAUCCAACUGGAGACAGCAGCAUGAGGAUUUCAUCAAUACGAUUCGGUCAGCAAAGCAGUGCACUCUGGCCAUUAAAGAGGGCAGGCCUCUUCCGCCUCCCCCUCCUCCAACCAUCAACCCAGAUUAUAUUCAGUGCCCAUACUGUAUGAGGAGGUUUAACGAAACUGCUGCCCAGCGACACAUUAAUUUCUGCAAAACCCAGUCCUCGCGAUGCGUGUUUGAUCCAGCCCAAACAGCAGCUAGACUGGCAUCCAGAGCUCAGGGUAAGGCCCAAGCAACUCCCAAAAAACAACCAACUGUUACGAGUGCUGUGGGAACCCUGCUGCAGAACAGGGCUGUGGAAGCCAAGAAUGAAGUCACGGCCAAUCCAAGUUGUGAUGGUUGGAAACUGGAUGGAAUGCUGCCCUAUCGCCUUUAAGACAAACCUAAGCAUCCUGCCAUCUCGCCACUUUCCAAUGCCUUAAAAGAGCAUGGACUCUGGCCAGGGAGGCCGGAAGAGCUGGGGCAGGAUAACCAUACCCUGCUUCCGGCUUUGCCCUACUUUCCACCUUGACGGAACAAGUCACUUCUCCUGAACCACCACCUCUCCAACAGUGUGUAAGACACCAGUUCCUCUUACCAGGGUAUUUCUAACUAAUUCCAUUUAUUGCAAUAA